AUGGAUCUGAGCUUUAUUGCACCUACUAUCAAAAAUGGCGACGUAAAUGUGGAGCUCUGUAAGGAAGAGAACGAGGAGGAGACUCAGAAACGGAAGUUUGCGUUAAUACUGUAUGUUGUUGGAGGAAGUCCAACAGUAGACACCAUGGAAAGUUACAUUGCUUCAGUAUGGAACUUUGUAGCUAAGCCUAAGGUGUAUUUCUAUAAUGAUGGUUAUUUUAUGGUUCGUUUCAAUUCUAUUGAAGAUAUGGAUGAAGUUUUGUAUUCAGGACCUCACAUGUUGAAUAAUAAGCCUAUCAUUGUCAAAAUAUGGUCGGCUGAUUUUGAUUUCAAUAAAGAGGUUCUUCAAACUAUACCAGUGUGGGUGAAAUAUACUAAUUUGCCUUUGAAUUGCUGGGAAAAUAGGUCGCUAAGUAGGAUAAGCAGUGGUUUGGGAAUUCAUCUCUAUGCUGAUGCUUGUAGUACUCAAGUGGAUAGGAUUUCAUAUGUAGGGGUAUUGGUUGAAAUGGAUGUUACUAAAGAGCUACCUAGGUUUAUCAAAGUGACUGAUCCUAAUGGAAGGGAGUUUAUACAUGAAAUAACAUAUGAUUGA